AAUUCACCAUUGACCAACACAGCAGAGAGAGUACAAGAGUGCAACCUUUUGAUCUCCGAAAGCAUCAGGGAUUCGGCAUGUCGGGAAGAGGAAAGGGAGGGAAGGGUCUGGGAAAGGGAGGGGCGAAGCGGCACCGUAAGGUUCUGAGGGACAACAUCCAGGGGAUCACGAAGCCCGCGAUUCGGCGCCUCGCUCGGCGUGGCGGCGUCAAGCGUAUCAGCGGUCUCAUCUACGAGGAGACACGUGGCGUCCUCAAGAUCUUCUUGGAGAACGUGAUUCGCGACGCUGUCACCUACACCGAGCACGCUCGCCGCAAGACCGUAACUGCCAUGGACGUUGUUUAUGCCCUCAAGAGGCAGGGCAGGACCCUUUACGGUUUCGGUGGUUAGGUUAGGUUAGGUUGUGAAAUUGGGGAUACUCUUGGUGCCCAAUGUAACGCUUCUUUGUUUAUGCUAUAAUUGAUUUCUCUUUAAUAUAUGUUCUCAGUUGAAAUUGUUUCAACAUGCGCGUAAUCAUUCUGUUUCAAUGGUACUGCCACUGGACUAGAUUUAUCUUCUGUUAGGGCGAUUUCAAAUUUGGCAGAGUUUUUGCAGGUUGUCUUGCUCUUAGAAUGUGUUGCUUUGCUUCGGUACUGUGAAUUGAAGAUAAGAGUAGUGAUUUGGGACUG